AUGCAAACCCGAGAGGAACUGGACGAGCUGCUGGCAAAAGGUGGAUUCCAACUGCGAAAGUGGACAUCGAACAACCCAAAUGUGCUGGAGGGACUGGAUCCGUCACAAAUUGGUACUCAGCCAACCCUAAAGUUCGACAACAACGAAUGUACCAAGGCGCUGGGAGAGCUCUGGCUGCAACCCUGCGGCUGGGACGAGGAAGUUUCCGAUACCAUACGAGCGAAGUGGAACAGCUACCGUAUCGAAUUGCCUAGAAUAUCCUCCUACCGAACUGACCGAUAUGCCCUCCUACCAAAUUCCACCGUCCAAUUGCAUACGUUCGCAGAUGCAUCCCAGCAAGCUUACGGCGCUUGCAUAUAUGCUCGAUCCACCGACACCGAGGGCAGAACUAAGGUUCAAUUAAUGGCUUCGAAAUCGAGGGUAGCACCACUAAAACGAAUUUCUCUCCCCCGCCUGGAACUGUCUGCUGCCGUCAUCGCUGCACGAUUGCACCAAAAGGUUGUCGAUGCACUCGAUAUGCCAAUCUCCGAAUCGCAUUUCUGGUCUGAUUCUACCGUCACUCUGGAAUGGUUGCGUUCACCCCCGUACACCUGGAACACCUUCGUUGCGAACAGGGUCUCGGAAAUACAAAACACCACCCAGGGAUCUCGUUGGCAUCACGUCGCCGGUAAACACAAUCCUGCGGACCUUAUCACCAGAGGGAUGAAGGUGGACGACUUUCUCGGCAGUGAACUGUGGCAUCGUGGACCAUCGUGGCUCGAACAACCUGAAACUGAGUGGCCUGUAACAGCGAAGCAGCAGAAUACACCUGAAGAUGUCCUAGAACGGCGAAAGAUGGUGGCGGCGAUCCAAAACAAACCCGAAGCGAACCCAAUCUUCAGCACGUCAUCCUCCUACAACCGCUUGACUCGAGUGACAGCAUAUUGUCUUCGCUUCAUCAACGCCUGUCGUCGCAAAACGUCAACGUCGUCACAACCCGAGUUGGAAUCGAUUACAAAAUCGAUCACUGUGGAUGAAAUGUCGAUAGCCCGAAUGCGUCUGAUAAAAUUAGCCCAAGCCGAUGCAUUCACAGAGGAGAUAAGGUACUUGGGGAAGGGGAAGUCAGUAUCCAAACACUCAACUUUGCGCCUUUUGAGUCCUUUCGUUGACCCGGAUGGAAUCCUGAGAGUCGGUGGUAGAUUGCGCCUCUCCGAGCAGCCUUACUUGUCCAAACAUCCCAUCCUCCUUCCUAGUUCCCAUCCACUUACACGGUUAGUUGCCAAACAUUACCACCUGCGACUAUUCCACGGUGGCGGCCGUGUGACUCUAACAGCCAUCCGUCAAGAAUAUUGGCCCAUACAAGGUCGACGAGUAGUCAACAGCGUCAUGCGAAACUGCUUCCGAUGCGCUCGUGCCUCUCCCGUUCCCGCCAGGCAGCAGAUUGGUCAGCUUCCCAUACAGAGAAUCACUCCAAGUCGUCCGUUCUCCGUCACCGGUAUUGACUACGCUGGACCAGUAUACAUCAGAGCGAUCCACAAACGAGCGUCUCCAACCAAGGCCUACAUUAGCGUGUUUGUCUGCUUCGCCACAAAAGCAGUGCACCUGGAACUUGUGAGCGAUUUAUCUACCCCAGCUUUCAUCACCGCACUUCGAAGAUUCAUCGCUCGUCGAGGUUGUCCGGCACAUAUCCAUUCCGACAACGGAAAAAACUUCGAAGGUGCUCGCAACGAACUUCGCGAACUGUACCAGCUGCUACAGGAGGAAGAAUCAUCCGGAGAUGUGGCCACCUACUUUGCGAAUCAGGGCAUCCAAUGGCACAUGACUCCUCCGAAAGCUCCGCACUUUGGUGGAUUAUGGGAGGCGGCAGUUAAGGUCGCGAAGAAACACUUGCACCGACAGUUCGGCGACUCAAGGCUGUCCUUCGAAGAAAUGACAACAGCGCUGGCAGAAAUCGAGUCAUCAAUGAACUCCCGUCCGUUGAUACCGCUCACCGAGGAUCCGAAUGACUUAGCCGUCCUCACACCAGCACACUUCCUCAUCGGGACUACGGCAACCGCUCUGCCUGAAGACGACUGUAGUCAGACUCCCAUCAACCGACUGGAUCAUUAUCGGAGGCUACGUCAUCGCAUCCAACAAUUCUGGCAUCAAUGGCAGGCAGAGUAUCUGCAAGAGCUGCAGAAGGAAACCAAACGAAUCAUCCCGAACACAGAAAUACAACCUGGAAGAAUGGUCGUCGUGGUCGAUGAGUUUCUCGCUCCUGUGAAGUGGCCGUUAGCGGGAAUCGUCGAUGUCAUCCCUGGACCAGAUGGGCUCAUCCGAGUCGUAGAUCUACGAACCAGCAGAGGGAUUAUCCGUCGGCCAAUAACGAAAAUUUGCCUGCUGCCCCUGGAAUGUUCUGAAUCCUAG